CCUUUAGAGCAGGGACUAUUUUUGCUUUUCUUUGCAUCCCCAGCCAUUAGCAGUACCUGGGCCACAGUAAGCGCCGAAUACAUACAUACUUGUCGAACGAUUGAUUGGUUGAUCGAAAUGCCAUCACUUUCUUAUCCUGGGAUCUUUUCAUCCAAAGACAAUAGGAUUUUAUCAAGCUGAACCCUGGUAAACUAAAGUCAUUUUUUCCUGAGAAGUAGGAGAUAAAAAGGGGAAGAUCAGCAAGGAUGUGAUAUUUUUCAGGGAAAUUUCCAGCUUCGUACAUACACCCAAAUCCAUCAAUAUGGUCUCUAUAAGACGAAACCAUGAUGUUGAGCAGUAACUUGAAGCUAACAGACAGACGUACAAGUAUUCUUGAAAGGAAGAUGAAAGUAGAUGACCAGUCAACACUCAUCCUAUCUCCAGUCUUAUCUCCCUUAUGGACAACAGAGAAAAGAGGAAGUGCUAAGGAAUGAACUUUUGUUGCCCAGAAAGAAGAGGAGGCAACUGGAAUCUUAAGAUGACCCAUGUCUUUAAGCUCUACCUGUACUUUGGCUGUGGUCAGUUUCCUUCUACAAAGGAUCUAGGCCUGCUCAGCCCUGAUCUCUGAAGGUUGUUGUUCAUCUUUCGUUUUCAAAGAGAACCAAUGAUGUCAUGAUAUUGGGGUAAAAUAGUGGAUGUUGGGUGAUGUCUUGACUUGCACGUGAAUUGGGUUCAAGUGAGGCAGAGUUGCACAGUCAUCAGCCUCACUCUCUCUUUCUGAGUCAUCCAAGUUCGGAGGCAAGACAAAAGUCAAGACGAUGUGUAUGUCCCCUGCUCUCCACACCACCACCCCUCCAGGAUGCAUUGGAUGACCCUGGCAUCUUCCAUAUCACAUCAAGCUCUAAGAUCUGGAAUUCCUCCAGCAGAAACUGUAAUUGCUGAGAUUCUAGUUGGCCAGCAUUCAGAGGGUUGUCCUUCAUGUCUGGAACACACUUCCUCCUCAUCUCCAGAUCUUAGAAUCCCUGGUCUCCUUCAAAGAAUGAAGACAAAGGCAGAGAUGGUGUGCCUAAGAAACUUCAAAAGGUGUAGACCUCCUGACUGAAGAGUAGUCCACCUGCUUUUCUCCCUUUUACCAUUGUAUUGCUGUCUCCUUCCAAGUGAACGCCAUGCUCUCACUAUCAGAGCUCAAAUACAUAGCAGACGCCCAGUCCUCGUAUCACAUAUUGAAACCCUGGUGGGAUGUCUUCUGGUACUAUCUCACCCUGAUCAUGUUGCUGGUUGCGGUGUUGUCUGGAGCUCUUCAGCUUGCUGAUACCAAAAUCUUGUGCUGUCUUCCUUGUAAAGUGGAAUUCAACAAUCGUUGUGUAGUGCCUUUGGAUAUGCAUAAACUCAACAGCACCCCUUCGAAUUCUCUGUCCCAUGUGACGCCACCGAUCCGGAUCCAGAAUGACCUUCACAAGCAGCAAUACUCCUACAUUGACGCGGUGUGCUACGAGAAGCAGCUGCACUGGUUCGCCAAGUUUUUCCCUUACCUGGUGCUCUUGCACACCCUCAUUUUUGCUGCAUGUAGUAAUUUCUGGCUUCACUAUCCCAGCACCAGUUCCAGAAUUGAGCACUUUGUCUCCAUCCUUCAUAAGUGUUUUGAUUCUCCCUGGACCACUCGCGCCCUUUCAGAAACCGUAGCUGAACAGUCUGUGAGGGACCGAAAGUCCAGAAGUCUGUUUUCACCCUCUGGCUUGUCCACCGACACCAAUGCUAGCAAGCAGUCAUUACUUGUCGGCCAGGCGAGCAUAGAGUCAGGUCUGGAAAGCUCAACCUCCAGCGUCCUGGACAAAAAAGAAGGGGAGCAAGCUAAAGCCAUCUUUGAGAAAGUAAAAAGAUUCAGAUUGCACGUGGAGCAGAAGGAUGUCAUAUAUAGAGUGUACAUGAGGCAGAUCAUAAUCAAAGUCAUUUUAUUCGUCAUCAUCAUAGCUUAUGUCCCGUAUUUUUUGACCUAUAUCACCCUAGAAAUUGACUGCCUCAUUGACAUGCAGGCCUUCACGGGGUAUAAGCGCUACCACUGCGUCUAUGCCUUAGCAGAGAUAUUUCAGGUACUCGCUUCAUUUUAUGUGAUUAUGGUUCUAUUCUACGGCCUCACUUCUUCAUACAGCCUGUGGUGGAUGCUGAGGAGUUCCCUGAAGGAAUAUUCCUUUGAGGCGUUGAGAGAGAAAAGUAACUACAGUGACAUCCCUGAUGUCAAGAAUGACUUUGCGUUCAUCCUUCACCUCGCAGACCAGUACGAUCCACUCUACUCCAAGCGCUUCUCCAUAUUUCUCUCGGAGGUGAGUGAGAACAAGCUGAAACAGAUCAACCUCAAUAAUGAAUGGACAAUGGAGAAGCUAAAAAACAAACUGGUGAGAAACUCCCAGGACAAAGUGGAACUCCAUCUCUUCAUGUUAAGUGGGCUCCCAGAUAACAUCUUUGAGCUGACUGAGAUAGAGGUGCUCACCCUGGAGCUGAUCCCCGAGGUCAAGCUGCCCCCCUCCAUCUCUACGCUAGUGAACCUCAAAGAGCUGAAUAUUUACCAUUCCUCUCUCCUGGUUGACUGCCCUGCACUGAACUUCCUGGAAGAAAAUUUGAAAAUACUACGCCUGAAAUUUACAGAAAGAGGGAAGAUUCCUCGUUGGAUAUUUCACCUGAAAAACCUCAAGGAACUUUAUUUGUCCGGCUACAUUAUAUCUGACACCUUGAGCACGUUGAGCCCAGUGCAGGGCCCCACACAGGGCUUUCAGGAUCUCAAGAACCUAAGGACACUUUACUUAAAGAGUGCGCUCUCCCGGAUCCCUCAGGUGGUCACCGACACGCUGCCUGCACUGCACAAGUUGUCCCUAGACAAUGAGGGCAACAAACUGGUGGUAUUGAAUAAUUUGAAAAAGAUGAUACAUCUGAAAAGCCUGGAGCUUAUCAACUGUGACUUGGAGCGCAUUCCUCACGCCAUCUUCAGCCUCAUCAAUCUGCAUGAACUAAACUUAAAAGAAAACAACCUCAAAACCAUUGAAGAGAUCAUCAGCUUCCAACACCUCCAGAACCUUUCCUGCUUAAAGCUGUGGCACAACCACAUUGCCUACAUUCCCGCCCAGAUCGGUGCCCUCUCCAACUUGGAGCAGCUCUACCUGGACCACAACAAGAUUGAGAAUAUGCCGCUGCAGCUCUUCCUCUGCACCAAGCUGACCCACCUAGAUCUCAGCCACAACCACCUGACGUUCAUUCCCGAGGAGAUCCAGUUUCUGACAAACCUGCUAUAUUUUGCCGUGACAGACAACUACAUCGAGACGCUGCCAAAUGGAUUGUUUCAGUGCAAAAAGCUGCAGACCUUACUCUUGGGGAGGAAUAGCUUAAUGACUCUGCCUCCUCUCAUUGGGGAGUUGACGAACCUGGUGCAGUUGGAGCUCAUUGGAAACCACCUGGAGGUUCUCCCUCUGGAGCUGGAAGCGUGCCCAUCCCUGAAGCGGAGCUGUGUGCUUGUGGAAGAAAACCUGCUGGACACCCUGUCUCCUCCCACCGCAGAACGGCUGCAGACAUGCUUAGAUAAAUGUUGAACUAAGGAAGGAGACACAGCAUGUCUCAGAAUAAUAAUGGAAAAGAAAUAUUCCUUGGGAUGUUGAAUGAAAAGUUGUUUUUUAAAUCUUUUUUUUGAGUUGAAAAGAGGAAACACUGAUAGGGAGGAUCUAUGCAUCAGACAUAUAUACACAAUGCCUCGGCUAGCCCUAACCCCCAUGGGUAAAAAGAGUAACACUGAAGAGUAUGUGCUUUCUGGGAGUAAUCACCCAUUAACUUAGUAAGCUGCUUGCUCCAUGCAGGAUAGGUUCAUAGUGAUGUGGGGAGAGUUAGCCAUUGAAACCAUCCCCAACUUGUCUUUGGAACUGGAAGAGUUGAGUGGUGUUCUUUCCCCCUUCCUUUCCCAAUUAGCUGCCUGAGAUCUCUGGUUUUAAAUGACUUUCUCUCUUUUGACAUUUAAAACCAAGAUCAUCAAGAUAAGUGUCUGGAAAUAUCCUCACCACUGACUUUGAUUAAUGUUCUUAAAACGUAUUAAGCUGGAUGCAUUGUUAAAGAGGUGGAUUUUUUUUUCCCCUCUUAACACUAACUUCUUUUCAUUGAUUGAGUCUUCCUUACUCUUCUUUUCACUGCAGGAGGGAAUAAGCGAGGAACACUGACUGACAAAUCUCCUGCCUUAGGCCAUUGCACAAACUCUAGAACAGGGUAUUUGGGAGAGGUGAAAAACUUGCAUGCUCUUUGAAAAUCUUUUCCCUUUUCCCAUUUUUCCCCAAAGCCCCAUUUAAAAAAAUUUACCCCAAAGUUUUCUAUUCAUGGAAUGUAUGACGUACAAUUGUUUUAUAUCAUGUAACUGGGGACUCCGAAUCUAAGGAGAUUUUGUUUUUCUAAGGUACAGAGGAUCUAGGGAAAUCACCUAUUUCUUUAAGCACCUGCUAGUAAUGUAGUUCCUGUUUUUGCUUCUUUGCUAGGAUUCUCAGGUUUGUCUUGUGUUCAGUUCACCAGUGUUUUACUUGUCUGUAAUCAAUUGCUUUCAUUUGCUACUGUAGGUAGGAGUAUGACUAGUCUUUCAUCAGGGGAGAGGGGGACCCCUGGUGUAUUUAUUUAGUGACUCCUGCAUUUGAGAAGAGAGAUCCUCAAAGUCUACCUCUUUCUUCCCCAGUUGCUGAACUAUUGUACGGGUACAAAGUCUGAUUUACUUGCAAAAAAUAAAAAAUAAAAACUCGGGGAAAGAGGAGAAGAGAGGUACAGAAUUAAGCUUUUUAAUCUUAAUUAAAUAUAGAAAAUUAGUAGCUCUUAACUCAAAACAUUCAAUUUUUCUAUUUGCAUGAUCUGUAGUUACAGUGACAUGACAAAAAUUUUCUGCCCUAUCCUGAUGUUUGCUCAUGGUAAGUUCUCAAAAUUGCAAAUAUGUCACUUAAACACAAAUUUAUCUUACAUCUUUAUCUAGUUCUUUAAGAAUAUAUCUACUUCUUCCUAUAGAGAACUUUGUAUUUUGCCUUCUGUUGUAUGCAACAUUGCAAAAAUAAAUAAUAAUAUUGAUAGGCACGCUUUCAGGAAGUAUACAUUUUAAUGUCUUUUUCUGUAAUAUAACAUGGCAUUAAAAUGCCUCAUUGAGGACCUACUCUGUGUAGUUUUUCUGUUCAGACUGGAAAACACUUAGGGAAUAGAGCACUAUAAACAUAGAAUUUGCCUUUUUGUUUCAGAAGAGUGAGAAGUUUGUCAUUCAAUCAUUGGAAGGUCCAGCUUAUUUUAUUUAUUUUUCUUUAGAAUGAUGGUACAGAUAGUAGAAGGGCUGGGGCGGGGGGAGGCGGAAAAAAGUUUGGCCAGAGGAAAAGAGGCAAGGUUCCUCAUGGCUGCCUAGGCUUUUAACAUUUCUUCUAAAGGGGAGUAAAUAGUGUGAAAUCUCCCUCUGCCCCAGACUUACCCAAACUCUACAGUCAGGGCAUUCAGGUUCUCAGGGAUUCCAGCAGAGGGUGGUCAGAUUUUGUUCUGAGACUUCAGCAAAGACUCAUAGGUGGUAGACACCAUCCCAGUAAGGGGUAUAUAUCUGUACAGCAUACUAUGCAUAUGUCUCUGUGGGUAUUUGUGUAUGUAAAUACACAUGCAUACAUGUGUGUACGUAUAUACAUGUGUGUGCGCAUACAAACAUACAUAUCCCCAUACAGAUAGGGAGAGUUAUAUAGAGAUAGAUGCCUUCAAGUCAUAAGCAAUGACAAGCAGCAUGGUGUAGUGAAAAGGAAAAUCCAAGUUCAAGUUUCAUCCCAGACACCUCUCUUGGUAAUUGUGGGCAAAUUUUUUUCCAUUUCCCAGCAACCCUAGGCAAUUUUCCGAGACUCUAAGUUAUUACAAGUUGCCGAUGUUUCAGUGGAGGAGUUUCCAGGAUUACCCUCAAAUGGAUGAAAUCCAAGGUCUAGACCAAAAAUAGUAAUCUAACUCAUAGAUCACAGGUAAAUAUGGUGAUAGAGAUAUUUGAUAUAUGUGUAUGUAUGCACAUAACCAUGUAUCUGGUAGAGCUGCAUGUAUGUGCAUUUAUGUAACACACACCAUUUAUGUAACACACACUCACCAUUUAUGUAACACACACUCACCAUUUAUGUAAUA